CAACCCAAGAAGCGCUUCGUUGGCAGGCGGGCAGCGACAGAGGUGGCAAAAUCCAGCACAGGACCAGCCUCGAUAGAGGACAGCGGGGCCAUUCAAGGUACUGGGACUACAGAUCAGUCUAAGCAAACAAGAAGUGAGGCUGAUUGCCGUCACAGUUGCUCAGCCAAGGAGGCCACCCAGGAUGCUCAAUCAAGUACCCCUUGAGAUCCUCAAUGACGAGGCGCUGAAGGCCGCCAUAGCCCUUCUACCGGCAAACUACUCCUUUGAAAUACCCAAGACGAUUCACCGCAUCCGCUCACUAGGAGCCAAGAGGGUUGCCCUGCAGAUGCCCGAGGGCCUGCUAAUGUUCGCUGCCACCAUAUCCGACAUCCUCACCCAGUUCUGUCCGGGUAUCGAAACACUAAUCAUGGGCGAUGUCACGUACGGCGCGUGCUGCAUCGACGACUACACGGCGCGGGCAAUGGGGUGCGAUCUGCUGGUGCACUACGCCCACAGCUGCCUCAUCCCAGUGGACGUGACCAAGAUCAAGACGCUGUACGUCUUUGUCGACAUCAGCAUCGACACUUCGCAUCUUCUCGCCACUCUGGAGCGCAACUUCUCGCCAGGAAAAACGAUCGCCCUGGUCGGAACGAUUCAGUUCAACGCGACCAUUCACGGCGUGCGGUCAACGCUGGAGAAGGCAGGGUUCAAGGUGAUUGUGCCGCAGAUUGCACCACUGUCCAAGGGAGAAAUCCUAGGCUGCACAUCCCCCAAUCUGUCCACAUACACCGACAGCCCGGUGGAUUUGAUCUUGUACCUCGGCGACGGCCGCUUCCAUCUCGAGAGCAUCAUGAUCCACAACCCCAACAUCCCAGCCUACCGGUACGACCCGUACUCGCGCAAGCUGACGCACGAGACGUACGGCCACGACGAGAUGCAGGAUUUGCGGCGGGACGCUAUCCGGAUAGCCAAGAAGGCCAAGAAAUGGGGGCUCAUUCUGGGCUCGCUAGGACGGCAGGGGAACCCGCAUACGAUGGCGCUUAUAGAGACCAAACUGAAGCAAAUGAACAUCCCGUUCGUCAACCUGCUGUUGAGCGAGAUCUUCCCGGGCAAGCUAGCGAUGAUGAGCGACGUCGAGUGCUGGGUGCAGGUAGCGUGCCCCCGGCUAAGCAUCGACUGGGGAUAUGCGUUCCCCCGGCCGCUGUUGACGCCGUACGAGGCGUUGGUUGCGCUGGAGGAGAAGGAAGACUGGGGGGAGGGCCCAUACCCGAUGGAUUAUUAUGGUAAACAGGGGCUCGGGAGAACCAGGCCAGUUGCUUCUGGGCCCAGCUAGAUGGAUCAGUAAUAAAUGCUGAGCAGUUCAGUUAUGUCGCGAAGAUGUCGCCUUCGGGUUGUGAUGCCUUUACACCAGACCGCCAAGCUGAUGCUCGCAGACGCUGCUGCGCGACAAUUCCCUUCAUCCAUG